AGGCCUCCUUCGCUGGCAGGCAGUCCGGCUUUCUCCGACAUCUCCCUCAUCCGGAUCUCGCCCCAGCGGAACCCCUCCGUGGGGGCGGAGUCGCCCUUUCACCCUCCGCACCCCUACAUUAACCCAUACAUGGACUACAUCCGCUCGCUCCACAGCAGCCCCUCCAUCUCCGUUCUGUCAGCCACCCGAGGCCUCAGCCCCGCAGAUGCCCCUCACACAGGCCUGACCACAGCUGAGUACUACCAACAUAUGGCCCUGCUGGCGGGCCACCGUAGCCCGUACACGACCGACCUGCUCCCCUCUGUGGCAUCCACAGCCGGCGCUACCAGUGCCAGUGCCCUGCACAUGGAAUACCUGCAGGCGAUGGAGAACUCUCGUUUCCCGAGCCCGAGGCUGCCAUCACGGCCCAGCAGGAAGCGGCCCCUGCCCAUCUCGCCCCUCUCCGAGCACAGCUUUGACCUGCAGACCAUGAUUCGCAACUCACCCAACUCGCUCGUCACUAUGCUGAACAACUCGCGCUCCAGCUCCUCCACCAGCGGCUCCUACGGUCACCUCUCUGCAGGAACCAUCAGCCCAGCGUUGAGCUUCGCCUACCCUCCGACCCCGGUGGCUUUGCACGUGCACCAGCAGCUGAUCGGCCGCCAACCGGGCCUCGUGGGAUCCGCGUUCGGCCACAGCCCGCCCCUCAUCCAUCCGACUCCAGCCUUCGCCACCCAGAGGCCCGUACCUGGCAUCCCUCCCUCUGGGCUGAGUGCUAGCGAGCGCUCAGCCAUCUCCAACGACUCCUCGCAGACGAAGCCGACGAGUGAAUCUGCAGUGAGCAGCACCGGAGACCCGAUGCACCACAAACGCUCCAAAAUGAAGCCGGAGGAAGAGUUGCCGAGCCCGGGUGCAGUGAGCGUGCAG